UAUAAUUGAAAAUGCGAAGACCCAAUUCCUCCCAAAAACCAAAUUAAACAUAAAAUUUUAAUCAAACUAUCAAAAGCUCUGGUGUUUUUGAAAAUAAUGAAUAAGAAAGAAUGAAAUAAACUUAAAUGGAUAAAGUUAGGUAGGAUGUUAGAAAAAAGCAAGAGGAAUUACAUUUGAAAUAACUAGAGUUUAAAAUCAUAGAAGCAAUGGAUAUGAAAGAAAUUAAUACUAUGCUUUUAGAAAGAAAUGCUAUAGUGUUUUAGUAAAUUAAAGAGAUUUUUGAUGAGGGAUAGGUAAAAUGGAUUUUUUAUUUAGGUUAAAGAACCUGACAUAAAGAUUGAUUUAAAUUAAGUAGAUGUUAGAAAACCAAGAAUUGAUAAUUAUGGGAAAAGAUAUGUUGAAUAAGCAAAAAACAUUUAUAAAAAACCUAAUCCGACCGAAAUAAAAGAUCUGGUUGAAUAAUUUAAUUAAAAUACAAGAUUAUAGGGUUCAAAAUAAGUUGAAAGUUUUUAAAGAUUACAUAUGGAAUAUUAUAAGACUUAUGCCACAUUCUUAUAAUCACAACCAACUGUUGAAUAGAAUCGAAAGUAAUUGAUUUAAGGUAUAAAUAUAACUGUUAUAUAUCAUUAAGAAUUAGGAGAAGUUCAUGAAUUACUAUCUGUAUUAAAUAAUGCUCCAACUUACGAGAAACCUGCUAUUUGGAAUAAACAGCCAUUACCUGAAGAUGAUAAAAUGAUAGUUGAUGAUAUAGUCAACAAGAAUAUUAGAUAAAUCUAAAAUAAAUAUGAUUUUUCAAUUCAUGAUUUUGAAAAUGAAGGAGUUUUAGAAGAAGUUAAAGAUUACAUAAGAAAUAAAUAUUUUAAAGGAAUUGAUCAUAGUAAAUGA